UGAAAAUAGCUUGCUUGGGCUGUCAUGGCUCGCCAGUGUCUCUCCGACGUCCAAAUUUAAACGAUUUCGCAUCCACAACAUUCAACUUUUAGCUAAAAUUGUGUAUGUUAAGUUCUCAAUGCAAGAAGAAAAUUAAUUAGGAUCUUAACAGUAUGGCUUUUGUCAAUAGUAUAGUGCAACAUUUGUCAAGUAUUCUCUUUCAAAAUUAACGUAAUGUUUUUCAAUUGUGAUUUUUAAGUGAGUGUAUCUGCCAACAUGUGGUUUUUGUUGUUUCUACUGUUUACUUCGGUCGAAUCGAGGAAUGACCAUAAGGAAAACCUUACAAUUGGAGGAUUAUUUGAAGAGGAUGCUGGAUUUAUGCGUCACGCAUUCAUAUAUGCUACAGAAUGGGUAAACGAAAACCAUGUUCUUUCUCAGUUCAAUUUGGUACCCGAGGUUCAAGAUGUUGAUCCGUUUGACAACUAUUUAGUAUCCCAACGAGUUUGUGAAAUGCUGGGAGGAGGUGUCGCUGGAGUGUUUGGACCUCGGUCAGUAGACACCAGUGACCACGUCCAGUCCAUCUGUGAUGCCAUGGAGAUACCUCAUGUGGAGAUGAGAUGGGACUCUAGACAACGCAGAGGCUCCUGUCUGGUCAAUCUGUUCCCUCACCCUUCUACAAUGUCCAAAGUGUUUGUAGAUUUAGUGAAAAUGUACGAGUGGGAGAGUUUCGUGGUUAUUUAUGAGGACAACGAUGGACUUAUCAGACUUAACGGUCUUCUGACAUAUUACGACUACAAAGGCUAUCCUGUCACUGUAAGACAACUGGAUGAAGGAGGGAAUUAUAGGCCUACAAUGAGAAGAAUCAAGAACACAAAUCAGAAAAACAUUGUGUUGGACUGUUCUGCCAAUAUUCUAUACGAUGUACUUCUACAUGCUCAACAAGUUGGGUUGAUGGGUGUUGAGUACAGCUACAUCAUUACUUCUUUAGAUUUCCAGACAAUUGAUUUGGAACCUUUCAUGCAUGCUGGAACCAACAUCACUGGCAUUCGCUUCUUUGAUCCAGAAAGUGAGGAAGUUCAAGAAAUGAUGGCGUUUUGGAGGAGCAAAGAGAAAGAACAUGGCUAUGAAAUCACCAAUGAAGUUUUGCUGGCAGAGACAGCUCUUAUCCACGAUGCAGUCUUGUUGUACACCAAAGCGAUCGAUCAGCUGCUGAAAAGUUUAGAGAUUCAACCAAGACCUCUCAGCUGCGACAACAACCACAACUGGGAACACGGCUACAGUAUCAUCAACUACAUGAAAGUUACUGAAAUCACUGGCAUGACGGGGCUCAUCAAAUUUGACCAUGAAGGGUUCAGAACAGAUUUCAAACUUGAUAUCAUUGAGUUGACAACCGAAGGUAUAAUGAAGAAGGGAACAUGGAACACUACAGAAGGAGUCAACUUUACGCAAUCCUUUGAUACUGAAAGUGAAGAGAAUGCUAAAAAAGAUCUUCGAAACGUCACUUUUGUUGUUAUGAUCUCAAUGGUUGAUCCUCAUGCCAUGCUGAAGGAGACAACCACGAAGCUGGACGGCAAUGACAAGUACGAGGGGAUGGGUAUCGACGUGAUUCAUGAACUGUCUCUGAUGAAUGGCUUCAACUACACCUUUCGGGAACAGGAAGAUGGGAGCAGCGGGAACCCAGAUAAAGUCACUGGCAAGUGGAAUGGGAUGCUGGGAAAAGUCAUAAAUAAAGCAACUGACCUUGCUAUAGCUGACAUCACUAUUACCAGACAAAGAGAAAAGGAUGCAGACUUCACAAUGCCUUACAUGAACUUAGGCAUCAGCAUUCUCUACAAGAAGCCCCAGAAGUCUCCCAGUCUAUUCUCCUUCAUGUCUCCAUUUAGUACUGCAGUUUGGCAAUCCCUGAUAGCUGCCUACGUGGGAGUGUCUCUGCUCAUGUACAUCAUCGCCAGGAUAAGUCCCAAGGAGUGGACCAACCCGUAUCCUUGCAUCGAUGACUCUGAAGUUCAAGAGUUGGAGAAUCAAUUCAGCCUGAACAACUCGUUCUGGUUUGUGACUGGCUCCAUAAUGCAGCAAGGAUCUGAACUGGCCCCUAUUUCAGUAUCCACUCGCAUGCUGGCGUCUGUGUGGUGGUUCUUCACUCUCAUCAUCGUCUCCUCCUACACAGCCAACCUGGCCGCCUUCCUCACAGUAGAGCAGAAUGAAGAGAUAUUCCGCAAUGUAGAGGAGCUGGCCAAUCAGAAGCCUAAUGCUCCUGUGUUUGUCAAGUAUGGUGCCAAGGCUGGUGGUGCAACUGAGGGGUUCUUCAAAUCUUCGAACCACUCGACGUAUCAAACCAUGUGGCAGUACAUGCAGGACAACUAUGAAGAUGUGAUGACCAAAAGCAACAAGGAGGGAGUAGACCGAGUGCUCAGCGACACUGAGGAGUACGCCUUCCUCAUGGAGUCUGCGUCCAUAGACUACGAGGUGCAAAGGAAAUGCCAACUGAGACAGGUUGGAAACCCCCUGGAUAAUAAAGGAUAUGGGAUUGCAAUGCACAAAGGAGCUUGGUACAGGAACAUUCUCAGCAGUAGUGUCAUAAAACUCCAGGAAAAAGGUAAACUCACUCAGCUGUACAAGAAAUGGUGGAAGGAGAAGAGAGGAGGAGGCGCCUGUGAUAGUGAUGGUGGAGGCGGUGGUGAAGCCGAGGAGUUGGAUCUGGACAACGUUGGUGGAGUGUUCUUAGUGUUGGUGUUCGGCACCGCCUUUGCUGCCUUGGUGGCAUUUGCGGAGUUGGUAUAUGAGGUCUACAACAAGGAGGACAAGGAAUCUUUUGGACAGGAAUUGAAAAAGGAGUUAAAGUUCAUCCUCUGCUCAAAAGACACGGUAAAACAACUCAAAUCAUCUGAAGAGGAAAAUAAUUCUACUGACGAGAUUGUGGUUGACAAUUUAGACACUGAGAGAAAAUCAAAAACCCCUAAUGGUCUACGAAACCGAGGAUCGGAGGAGUCCUUAUAGUCCUCUUAGCAAAUCAGGAGAUAGCAAAUCAAAUGUUCAUUCAAGUUAAACUUCAAUACAAAUAAUUUUGGCAAUUGCAUGCAAUUGAUACUCAAAUUAAACCUAAUUCUUCUUUGGUAAACUAGAAAUGCUACAUUUUAAGAAUGUACAAGGCUGACCAAAAAAUAAGGUCAUAAUCGAAAUCUCUUCACAGCCAAAAGGACUAGGUCAAAUGACAUCUGAAACCGAUGACAUGUCCUUACUUCAUCCACUGCUAUUCUAGCAGGUUCCUAUCCCCAUAGGACUUUUGGUCCUGUCAUAGUAUUCGAUAAUGUUGUGAUAGGAAAUUGGCGCUCUUCUGCCAAGAAUGAAUCUCUGUUGAUUACUGUUGUGAGUUAAAGGAUUUGGUAUAUUGACUUAGAAAGUGUGCAUAAGUGGCUUAGGAAGUUUGAAGAGGGCCGUACACAUUUGCUCAAUGGGGCAAGCAAUAAUAGCAGCAUGUUUAUCAUUUUCCACCAGUAAUUGAAUUUUAGGAAACUCUGUUUUCUUAUAGGAAUUUUGCUCAAAGGCUGACAAUAGACCUUAAUAGUCUUAUAAAUAGAGAUGUCCUAUAUCAGUUCAAAAAUCCCUUUUGAUCAGUCACGCCGUAAUCCUAAUGCAAAUCUCCUCUAACUUUGGUCACUGCUUGAAACAAGACAAAUGAAUGACAGCUCAGUCUGCCUACACCAAGAAUAACAUUUUGUGCAAAUAUUAAAGACCACUUCCAAACUCCCAUCACCCCUUGUACACAUUUUAUAUCUUUCACCGGCUAGAAUAGUUAAGGAUGAAAAAUAAGGAACACAAUGUUGGCCUUAGAUUUGAUCUAGCUAGAUUAGCUGCGACAGGAGCACGAUGAAGACUUUAAUUCUUGAACAACCCUCGUUUUCUGAUCAGUUUUUUUUUACAAUCAUUUUCAUCUUUUGUUUUAGAUCUUAAAAGGUCAGAAUUUGCUUAUGCUUGUAGUCUAUACAAAUUUCAAACAGUUAAUUCAAUUUUAGUUAAUUAACUAUCUGUCUUCAGACCUCUAUACACCGAAGUGUGGUGACAAAUGGUAGAGAACAUGUUAAACCAUAAUUAUUAAAAUAGUAACAAAUAGAUACAUUGUCAUUGUGGUAUCAUGUCGGCUUAAAACUAUGUUUCUAGUUUAGAAUUUAUUGUCCAAAUAUCAAAACAAUUCACUGAAUGAUAAGUUUUCUUCAUUUUGUAGCAAGAUAUUAAAGAUGAACUUGCACUAUUAUUCAAACCUUAUGCAACAUGUUGUUUUUUAGUUUUAUUUUUAUGAUAAGCAAUUUAUUAUUUCAUAGUAUUUUAAAUGAUAUAUGAAAAUUCGGAAUAUUGUUCUUUAUAUCUACCUUGCUAUGUAAAAAAUUCUUAAUCAAUUUUCAAUCUAAUUGUGAACUCUUACAAAAAUAUAGGUUAUGAUGUGUAGACUUAGUAUUUUGAAAACCUAAGUAGAAGUGCUCAGUAUUAUUAAUAGUUUAGGUCCUUUAAUUACUUAUCUAGUUACUGUAUGACUAAUAUAAACCUA